AUGGCGGUGCACUUCCAAUCGCGCGUAUCCACAACCACCGCUCACGAACUUCUCUUCGCCGACGACUGCGCCCUGAACACCACCUCGGAAGAGGAGAUGCAACGGAGCAUGGACCUGUCCUCCGUCGCCUGCGAGAACUUCGGUCUGCUCAUUAACACGCAGAAGACGGUGGUGAUGCAUCAACCGCCACCCAAGUCCGCCGCAGCCCCCAACGCGUCGCCGCAAAUCAGCGUGAACGGAACCCAUCUGCAAGUGGUGGAGAACUUCCCGCAACACCAAGAUUGA